AUGGCCUUUCCUGUUGCGGAAACCGGCCGUCUCCUUUUGCGCUUGCGGUCCGCGGCGCCGACCGCAGCUAAACCGCACCGUCUGUAUAAACCCGCACCUCUUCAUCCUCCUCGCCCUCAUUCAACCACGCUCACCCACGCUCACCCACCUGGGUCGUCAACAAUUUCCCACCCUUCCUCUCCAGGUCCUAUGCUACGCUCUUUACAUUCCUUUGUCUUUGGCUCUCUUUACGAUCCCUCUGUCAUCGGCCAUUCAAUCUCAAUAUCUGACCACGCACUAGUGCAGGGCGCGUUUGUCACUUCCGCCGUGGAGGUCCUGUUGUGCUCUCUCUCUGUUGCCUUGACAUGCAUUCUCUGA